AUGUCGAAUUUAUUUGAUUUCGAUCCUCGUGAAGACGACGAGGAAGAAAGUGAUUUUGAUCCAUUUGAAACUAGUAGUGACGACGAAGAAUAUUUACCAGAACCGGGUGAAAAUGAUGAAAGUAGUGAAUACGAGUCAGACGACGAUGUUGUAGAUAAUGAACCACAGCAACAUGAAACUACUUGUUCUGAACCGAAGGAGUUUGUGUUAUCGAAAGAUGGAAAAUAUUGUUAUUAUUUCGAGCCGCCGCCACAAUUGCCGAAUAGAUCUAAUGCUUCAUUUGCUCUACAUGAAACACCUGGUCGAACUUUGUUUGCGUCGUCACGAUGUACUGGUAUUUUGUCGUCUUUUCUAUUAUUCAUGGAACCAAUCGAAAAGACAAUAGUUGAAAUGACAAAUUUAUAUGGAUCUCGAAAAUACAAGGAACUUUGGUUACCAGUUGAUGUUGCUUCUUUGCGCGCCUAUUAUGGUUUGCUAAUAUUAGCUGGCGUGUACAGAUCGCAUGGGCAAUGUAUAAAUGAAUUGUGGGAUGACCAAACAGGACCACCAAUCUUCCGCGCCACAAUGACUUUGAAAAAAUUCAAACUAAUAAAUGAAUGCAUUCGUUUCGAUGACAAAGAACAGAGAAAGGGAAUUCGAUCAAGAGAUAAAUUGGCACCAAUACGAAACGUUUACGACAAAUGGGUGAAUCGAUUGAAAAUGUGUUACACUGUUGGAAAAAACGUUACAGUAGAUGAACAACUUGUACCAUUUCGCGGUCGCUGCCCAUUUACACAAUAUAUACCAUCAAAACCGCAUAAAUACGGUAUCAAAAUAUGGUGUUUGUGCGAUGCAAGUACAUAUUAUGCUUGGAAUCUUGAAGUAUAUACGGGUCGCGAUCGAAAUUAUAAAGCAGAAGUAAAUCAAGGCCAAAGAGUUGUUCUGACUCUAAGCAAUCAACUGAGUUGUCGUUGUUACGACAACAGAUAA